GAGAAAAAAAAAAGAAAGAGAGGAGGGAGGUUCUUGGUUGUCUGUCAGACACACACCCUCACAUAGUAACAGAAGGCUGCCUGCAAAGCAAGCUAAACCAGGCUCACUCUUCAAUUUCCUGCCUAACAACCAGGAGGCCAUUUUGUUACUUUAAUAUUUUGUUUUUCUUCUGAAGCAGUACUACAACACAGCUAACUUUGGUUUCUGGACUUCUGUAAGACUAGGACUGGUGUUUUUUGUGUUUGUUGUUUUCAAAAGGAACAAACUAAGGACUUUGUUUCUUUUUGUAAAAGCUGCUCUUGCUACUUUGUCUCAAGCCCAGGUUGGUCCCUGGCUCUCCCACACCCCCUGGGCUCCUGACCGGCUGCUUAGGGUUUAGGGAUGAACGUGUCAGCCAGCCUCAGCCUUUCAACAGCCUCUUCCCUGCCCAGCCCUACCUUCUUCUCGGCUGGACCCCCCUUGGCAGGCUCUGUGAUGGGACCACAUGGGGGGAGCGUUGGUCCUGGGUGUUUAGCUGCUGAUUUUGGGCCAGGGCCAGGCGGGCUCAUGUCCCCCUCUAUUCCCACACCUGCUGGGGUGUCUUUCAUCAUUCAAAUUGGACUCACCAGGGAAUCGGUACUGCUGCCCUUAUCAGCGGACCUGGCUCAUGUCAAACAACUGGCCUGUUCCAUUGUAGACCAGAAGUUUCCUGAAUGUGGCUUCUAUGGGAUUUACGAUAAGAUCCUGCUGUUCAAACAUGACCCCGGAACCAAUAACAUUCUCCAGCUGGUCAAAACUGUGUCGGACAUCCACGAAGGAGACCUCGUUGAAGUGGUGCUGUCCGCUGCUGCCACGUUUGAGGACUUCCAGAUUCGCCCGCACGCGCUCAAUGUGCACUCUUACCGCGCACCAGCGUUCUGCGAUCACUGUGGGGAAAUGCUGUUCGGGCUGGUGCGGCAGGGACUCAAGUGUGACGGCUGUGGGCUGAACUACCACAAGCGCUGCGCCUUCAGCAUCCCCAACAACUGCAGCGGGGCACGCAAGAGACGCCUGUCCACGACAUCCCUGACCAGUACUCCUUCCCUGCGUCUGUCCACUUCUGAGUCCAUCUCGUCCAUUACCACUGUAGAGGACACCACGCCUCGGACCCCUAGUGAUGUGAGCAACCCGGCCCGCCGGUUCUACUCGGGACGUCCCAUCCAGCUGGAUAAAAUGCUCCUGUCCAAAGUGAAGGUCCCGCACACCUUUGUAGUACACUCUUACACGCGCCCCACUGUCUGCCAAUUCUGCAAAAAGCUUCUCAAGGGCCUGUUCAGACAAGGUUUGCAGUGCAAAGACUGCAAGUUCAACUGCCACAAGAGAUGUGCUUUGAAGGUUCCAAAUGACUGCUUGGGAGAAACUUUAAUAAACGGGGAUCUGCUGAGCCCCAGUGUGGAUGCAGAGAUGCCCAUGGAGUUUUCCAGCGAUUACGGCGAUGGAGACAAGGCCUCUUUCAUGGACGACUCGGAUGAUUCUGGAAUCAUCCCGGGAUCUCACUCUGAGAAUAACUUCCCAGAGGAAAAUCCCAAUGGAGCGAGUGGAGCUGAGAGUUCCAUGGGUUAUAUUCCUCUGAUGAGGGUGGUGCAGUCAAUCAGGCAGACCACACGCAAAUCCAGCACCACCAUCAAAGAAGGCUGGAUGGUGCACUACAACAACAAGGACACACUGCGGAAGCGUCACUACUGGCGGCUGGACUGCAAGUGCAUCAUCCUGUUUCAGAACGACACCACCAGCAAGUAUUACAAGGAAAUCCCGCUAUCAGAGGUCCUGUCUGUUGAGGCGGCCCAGAAUUUCAGUCUGGUCCCGGCAGGAACCAGUCCCCAUUGCUUUGAGAUUGUCACUGGCAACAUGCGCUACUUUGUCGGGGAAGAGCCCUCCAUCAGCCCGGGCUCCCCCAAUAGCAUCGUGCCUAACAGCGGAGUGGGCGGGGAGGUAGCUAAAGCCUGGGAGAAUGCCAUUCGUCAGGCCCUCAUGCCAGUCAUCUUCCAGGAUGCACCCACUCCACAAGGACACACCCCUCACAGACAAGCCUCAGUCAGUAUAUCUGUGUCUAACAGCCAGAUUCAGGAGAAUGUGGAUAUUGGUACAGUCUACCAGAUCUUUGCGGAUGAUGUGCUCGGCUCAGGCCAGUUUGGUGUGGUGUACGGAGGGAAACAUCGGAAAACUGGGAGGGAUGUGGCGGUGAAGGUUAUUGACAAACUGAGAUUCCCAACGAAACAGGAGAGCCAGCUUAGGAACGAAGUGGCCAUCUUACAGAGCCUGCGCCACCCUGGCAUCGUGAACCUAGAGUGCAUGUUCGAGACUCCGGAGAAGGUCUUCGUUGUCAUGGAGAGGCUCCAUGGCGACAUGCUGGAGAUGAUUUUGUCCAGUGAGAGAGGGCGUCUUCCAGAGAAACUCACCAAGUUCCUCAUUACACAGAUUUUGGCAGCACUGAGGCACCUCCACUUCAAGAACAUUGUGCACUGUGACCUCAAGCCAGAAAACGUCCUGCUGGCCUCGGCUGACCCCUUUCCUCAGGUGAAACUGUGUGAUUUCGGCUUCGCCCGGAUCAUCGGUGAGAAGUCGUUUCGGCGCUCUGUGGUGGGCACACCUGCGUACCUGGCACCAGAAGUCCUCCUGAACCAAGGGUACAACCGCUCCCUGGACAUGUGGUCUGUGGGGGUGAUCAUGUAUGUGAGCCUGAGCGGCACCUUCCCCUUCAAUGAGGACGAGGACAUCAACGACCAGAUCCACAACGCAGCCUUCAUGUACCCUCCCAACCCCUGGAAAACCAUCUCCCCGGAAGCUAUUGACCUGAUCAACAAUCUGCUUCAGGUGAAGAUGAGAAAGCGCUACAGCGUAGAUAAGUCCCUCAGCCACACCUGGUUGCAGGACUACCAGACAUGGCUCGACCUAAGGGAAUUGGAGAGCAAGAUGGGUGGGCGCUACAUCACCCAUGAGAGCGACGACAACCGCUGGCAACAGUUUGCCCAGGACCACACUCUCCCCUACCCAGCGCACCUCAUCGUAGCCCAGCCAGCGUCCAGCGAGGACUCUGACGACAGCGACCUGCACGGCCUUACAGAGAGAGUCAGCAUUCUCUAAACGCCAUGCCUCCACAAAGGAGCCAGAGGGGGCUCCUGCUAAAGGAACAAAAACCCUUUCCCUGCUCUCUUAUCUCCUUCUGUAGAUCUUGUGGGGCAAGAGACACCCACACACUCCAGAAACUGUUCUGGGUUGUAACGUGACUUCAGUCGUUAUUUGACAAUUGAGCAGUUGUUGUAGAGAAUAUUUUAUAGAUAUGCAGUCAAACUUCUUUGGUCUGGGAAUCAGCUGUGCCGGCAACAGUGAGACUGCAUUUGAUUUGUAUUGUGACAAUGUACAGUAUUGUCUCUGUAGGACAAAAAAUUGCACUGGACUACUGCACAGCGAGUCUAAAGUUCAUUAUUAACACAUGCUUGCACAGGCUGGUAUGCAAUUCAAAUGGAAGCCUUAAAGCGCUGAUCCCAGCAAACACUGUAACCUUCUUUAUUUCGUUUCUUAAAACGCCAUUCACUACAAUAAAAGCCCUCUCAAGCAUUGUCUGGAAAAUGACAGUCCACACUCUUAAACCCACAAUACAACCUACCUGGUAAAUCCUAGAAUGAAAGACUUUUCAAAAUAGUCUGGCAGUCGGAGCUGGAUCAAAUAGUAAUGCGUUAGAAACCUGUUAUUUAUUAUAUUAUAUUAUAUUAUAUUAUAUUGGGUUGCUAAGGCUAUAGCUGUCUUUUAAUUGUAAUUAUAUUCUGUCCUAUAAUGUUUAGGAUUUUAAUUCUCAGCCAAUACCAUAGCACACUGGGAUGAAGGCAGGAGCAGAAAUGUUGGUCGACCUGGCUUUAAGUUUAAGCUCAGGUCUGGUUAACAUUUUCUGCAGACAGCAUGUAUUUGGGGAUGCAGAAUAACUGGGUUUGGGGUCAUUAGUUACCUAUCUAUACCCCACUCGGCAGACCCCUUGCAUAGCUAUGUCUUGAGAUCCAUUGAACGUAAUGGUAUUGUCCAUUUUGACAGUGCAUAUUUUGUGAGCACCAAGACACUUGUUAUAAAGGGACAGAAAUCCAUUCUGUGGAGACAUUUAUAUACAUUUUUUUAAGCAUAAUGCAGAAAUGAAAAUAAAAACAACUCAACCAGUACUUUUAAAGCAAUCUGUUCACAUUUUAGCCAUGACUUAAUAUGAAGUUGUUGUAUCCAGUUUGAGUUGUACUUUGUACAUUCUCUGUCUGUCUUCAAUUGGAUAAGUAUUGAAAGAUUUUAAUUUGAAACCCCAAAUAUAGUCAAAAUGUUAUUUUAUUGGCAGAAAUGCCCAUUCUACGCCAUGUCUACACUAGAUGUUUUUAAGGAGCAAGCUUUCUCAUAAGUGUAGUUGUAACCCAAACAUUAUUCAUUUAUUAAAUGCAGUAUGACUGCGAUUUGUUCUAUGUUCCCCCCCCCCCCCCCCCACAUA